UCUUAAAAUCAUUUAGUUAAAAGUCGAAGGGUCCUCUUUAGUUCCCGCUCUCAUCUACUGUUUUGCACAUAGCUUGUUCCACGGCACAUAGAAGUCACAAGUCCUCAACAUGUCGCAACAUUUCUACAUUGAGAACCGCAACGUCGGCAAUCAGGCCGAAAGCGAGGAUUGGCGCAUUCGCGGCUACAACCCGCUGACCCCUCCCGACCUGCUCCAACAUGAGAUCCCCCAGACCGCUGAAUCGAAACAAACCGUCAUCAAUGGCCGCAAGGAGGUGGUCGCCGUUGUCAAUGGCACCGACGAGAAGGAGAGGUUACUAGUAGUCAUCGGUCCCUGCUCCAUCCACGAUCCCAAGGCCGCACUCGAGUACUGCGAUCUACUGCUCAAGGAGAAGGAGAAGCACAAGGAUGAGCUGUUGAUCGUCAUGCGAUCCUACCUCGAAAAGCCCCGGACGACCGUUGGCUGGAAGGGCCUGAUCAACGACCCCGAUAUCGACAACAGCUUCCAGAUCAACAAGGGCUUGCGCCUGAGCAGACAGUUGUUCGUCGACCUCACCUCCAAGGGCAUGCCCCUCGCCAGCGAGAUGUUGGAUACCAUCAGCCCGCAAUUCCUUGCCGAUCUGUUGAGUGUCGGCGCUGUCGGUGCUCGCACCACCGAAAGCCAGCUCCACCGCGAGUUGGCCAGUGGCCUCAGUUUCCCCGUAGGCUUCAAGAACGGCACUGACGGUACCCUGGGUGUUGCCAUUGAUGCUAUUGGCGCUGUCAGACAUCCCCAUCACUUCUUGUCCGUCACCAAGCCCGGUGUCGUUGCCAUCGUCGGAACCGUUGGCAACGAGGACUGCUUCGUCAUCCUCCGUGGCGGUACCAAGGGCACCAAUUACGAUGCGAAGAGCAUCGCCGAGGCCAAGGCUGCGCUGGAGAAGAGCGGCUUGCGCCAGCGCCUCAUGAUUGACUGCAGCCACGGCAACUCGAAUAAGAACCACAAGAACCAGCCCAAGGUCGCUGCGGAGAUUGCGCAACAACUUGAGAACGGUGAGACUGGUAUCAUGGGUGUCAUGAUUGAGAGCAACAUCAACGAGGGUAACCAGAAGGUGCCCGAGGAAGGCAAGUGCGGCCUCAAGUACGGUGUCAGUAUCACUGAUGCUUGUAUUGGCUGGGAAGAUACUGUCGCCACUCUCGACACGCUUGCGCAGGCCGUCAAAAAGAGGAGAGAAGUCCUGAGCAAGAACGCCACUGCCUAAGUCAUGCCAAUUCCUGGACUUGUUUGCUUUAUGGUUUAUGGGUCAUUUGAUAGGGGUUCACGAACCCUAAGUGAGGGAUACCGAAUAUAUACUGGCGCGGGGAUGGGAACACAAAAGUUGACAUUUCUGCAUGUGGUGUGUUUUGAUAAAGAGCGUGUAUUAAUGCAUCUUGGGAAAUGGCUGUCGAGACAAUAGAAGAUGGUAAAAGAUGGAGCGGGUCUGGAUCUCAAAACGAAACAAUUACCUUGAUUUCUUUCAGUGAUAAUCUCCAGGAUCGUCCAUGUUCGACUACAGUUUUGCGUUGCCUUUUGUUUGGAUGCGAUUGUGGUGAUGUGUUGGUGUGAAGCGUGAUAUCCGUGGUGACCAAAUCUGAGCUUCACCUGCGAUUACGGAGCCACGGCAUAGGUAUGUA